UUGGCGCCAAUGGGCGGGCAGAAGGGGGCGCGCGUGCGCACGGCGAGUCGGGUCGGGGGGCGGGGCCAACAAAAGCAUUCUGAGGACGGGGGCUGGCGAGGCUCAUGUUGGAAGGCUUCGCGUCUGGGGAGAACUGCUUGGAAACGGGGCAGUGAGGGUACUGGCGACCAUGAGAUCUCUGCAGCUGCUCAGAACCCCCUUCCUGUGUGGCCUGCUCUGGGCCUUUUGUGCUCCAGGUGCCGGGGCUGAGGAACCUGGGGCCAGCUUCUCCCAUCCCGGCAGCGUGGGCCUGGAUAAAAAUACAGUGCAUGACCAAGAGCAUAUCAUGGAGCAUCUAGAAGGUGUCAUCAACAAACCAGAAGCAGAGAUGUCCCCACAAGAACUGCAGCUCCAUUAUUUCAAAAUGCAUGAUUAUGACGGCAAUAAUUUGCUUGAUGGCCUAGAGCUCUCCACAGCCAUCACUCACGUCCAUAAGGAGGAAGGGAAUGAACAGGCCCCACCACUGAGUGAAGCUGAACUGAUUAACUUAAUAGAUGGUGUUCUAAGAGACGAUGACAAGAACAAUGAUGGAUACAUUGACUAUGCUGAAUUUGCAAAAUCACUGCAGUAGACAUUGUUUGGCCAUCUAGUUGUAUGCAAAUGUGACCCGUUACAAUGUGAUUGAACACUUUUGGUAAUGCAAAAUAACUCAUUUCCAACUACUGCUACAGUAUUUUGGUAAAAACCUAUAGCAGUUUAUUACACUGGGGUGAGAAAGAGAGAUCAAGAGAAAUAUAAGAGAAAUGGGACAUAUCGCAGUCCCCAAGUACUCAGUCUAUUACUGGACAAGGGCUUGAUUAAAGAAUCCUUUUAAGAAUAUUGGAUAAUUGGAGCGUAGUACUCAGGAACUUGACUGUAGAAUACUGCUAGUCUCUUGGUUUUCAUUCAUGCUACCUGAAAAGUAAGACAAGCUUUGCCAAGUGGACACACUUUUCAGUAACAGUGAAGGAAUAGCAUAAAUGCCAAAUGUUUCCCCCGGUAGAACCUGUCUCUUCAGGUAAAAGUGGUCAGUAUUCUGCAAAGUUCCCCCGGCCUGAAUGAUGACGUGCCCCUGGGCAAGGGAGUAUUAGGCUAUUUCAAAGCCAUUGUGUAAGAAGGAGGCCAGAUCCUGCGUUCAGCUAGCCUUAGCGUCUUAAGAUUCUGUAUCUUCUGGCACUUUGGAAAUGAUACACCAUUGACCUACAUGAUUAACAUUUUUUAGUUUUUCAGUAUUUUACAGAACUACUGUCACAUCCUUUCUUUUAUAUCUUCUUCAACUUAGGAGAGACCUUGAAUUUAAAAGUGUUCUUUCUUCUAAUCAUUAGCAAAUGUUUUAGCUUUCUUACUGUUUCCAGGGUUUGUUUUUGAGGUUUAGACACUAUAUGGAAUACAAGGACUGUAUCCCUCCUGCUUGAUGCGGUGCAGGAUAAAGCUACUAGCUGGUCUUGCCUAAGUGAGGAGUGAGAUCACCAAGCACCAAUUGCUGCAAGCUAUAUUUAGAAGGAAUGGUGCUUAAAUUACCCCUUCCAGCUUAAAUAUGUGAAUUCCUUCAGAUCAGGAAAGAUUAGAAAAAGAAGCCUAAAAACUCUUUAACAGUGUGAAUCUCAGUAA